AUGGCGUCAGAAAAAGCUGAUGCCCCACUCACAACAGACCCAGUAGUUGGUGACGUAACCAAUCUGAAUGAACUGACAUCGUUGAUUCAAGGAGUAUUGCAACAGACUCAAGAUAGAUUCCAACAUAUGUCUGAUCAGAUAAUCCGCCGUAUCGAUGAUAUGACGAAGCGCAUCGACGACCUCGAAAAGAAUAUCGCUGAUGUCAUGUCUCAGAAUCAGAUAGAACAAGCUCAGCCCUGA